GAGAAAAGUUGAUCACCCCUCUGUCAUUCUUAAUCGGCGUGUGUGAAAGACCUCUGACAGGAGAGGGCGAGAUUUCAUCAAAAACAGUCAACAGGUGAGACACCCCGAUCAAAAUCGAUGUCUACUAGUGGGACGCCGCCUUUAUGCAGUGCUCGUUUAUAGUGCGACUAAUGGACCGCCUUUACACGCCUUCAGCUCCAGAAUCUGGGAGAGAUUGCUUCACACACGCGCGGCACACACACCCAUUCAGAGGUUUAAUCUCCGCGUUCGUGUGCGCGCUCCUUGUAAAUCUCCAACCUUGAGAAUCGAAUAGGAAGACACAGAUGAAGAUCAGUGCACAUAGGACGCUGUUUGUGUUCAUCAAACCGUGACAAUAUUUAAAUAUAUGAUCAUUUACUGAACGGAUCUCCAAACUUUCAAAGACCCGACUGAUGUGGACAGAUGUGCUGAUCCAGAUCUGAAUCAGCCGAUCAUCAAGACAAAAGAGAAGAGGAAGACCACUUGAGGAGAAGAGAAAGACAGAAGGGCGUUAGAAAGUGAAGGUAGAAGAAGAAAGAGAGAGAAAUGAUGGAUCCGUUACCUGUUGAUUCAGGAACAGUGGAUGAGUUGGUGGACAUCUGCAUACAAUCCUUUGACAAUGCAGGAACAAUAAAAAAUCCCUCCUUUUUGAAAAUGUUUCUGAUGAUGCAUCCUUGGUACAUAUCUUCCACCGAUCUGUCCAAGAAACUGCUGCUAAAGUCCCAGGAGGGCAGCACUGAUGAGAUCAGAGCCCAAAUAUGCCAUCUUGUAAAGUUCUGGAUUUCUGAAUUCCCUGUAGAGUUUGAUCUGAAUCCUGCUUUGGCUGACCAGAUUAAAGACCUGAGAGAGAACCUGAACACCGGCGGCAAUGAAACACAGAGUCAGCUUAUUGAUGUAGAGAGUGUGCCCUCAUAUAAAUGGAAACGACAAGUUACCCAAAGAGUUCCAUCAAUGUCAAAAAAGAGAAAAAUGUCCCUUUUGUUUGAUCACCUGGACCCUUGUGAGCUUGCUGAACAUCUGACCUAUCUGGAGUACAAAUCCUUCUGCAAGAUAAUGUUUCAGGAUUACCACAGCUUUGUGAUGCACGGCUGUACAGUAGAUAACCCAAUUCUGGAGAGGUUUAUUACACUUUUUAACAGCGUCUCACAGUGGAUUCAGCUGAUGGUUCUCAGCAAACCCACUGCCCCGCAGAGAGCUGCCGUGAUUGCACACUUCAUACAGCUCGCACAGAAACUACUACAGUUGCAGAAUUUCAACACGUUGAUGGCGGUGGUCGGGGGUCUCAGUAAUACCUCCAUCUCUAGGCUGAAGGAGACACAGGCACACAUCAGCAAUGAAACCAAUAAGAUCUUUAACAGUUUGUUGGACCUGGUGACAUCUUGUGGUAACUACAGCCAAUACCGGCGCCGAUUCGCUGAAUGCACUGGAUUUCGUUUUCCAAUCCUGGCUGUUAACCUCAAGGACUUGAUAGCCGUUCAUGUUGCUCUGCCCGACUGGACAGACAAACAGAAGACUUGUGUCAACUUGGCCAAAACUCAGCAGCUCUAUGCCAUCCUGCAGGAAUUAGCCCUCGUGCAGAACACUCCCCCAAACAUUGAGGCCAACACAGACUUGCUCAAUCUACUUACAGUGUCACUGGAUCAGUACCACACAGAAGAGGAGAUUUAUCAGCUCUCAUUACAGAGAGAACCCAGAGCUGCAAAACCUGCGAACUCAACACCUUCCUCCAGUCCAGCUCCUAAACAACUAUCAAUGAUUGAUGAAUGGGCAGCAUCAGUGAAGCCUAAAGCUAAUCCUGUUAUUAUCAGCAAACAUAUCGAGAAGAUGGUGGAUUCUGUGUUCAAGAAUUUCGACUCAAACGGUGACGGCUUCAUCUCACGUGAAGAGUUUGAGUGCAUCAGGAAUAAUUUUCCAUAUCUCAGCAAGUUUGGAGAACUCGAUAAAAAUCAGGAUGGAAAGAUCAGCAGGGAGGAGAUGAUAGAUUAUUUUAUGAAGGCCAGUUCUUUGCUCAAUUGUAAGAUGGGCUUCAUACACACCUUUAUAGAGACCACAUACGUGAAACCCACCUUCUGCGAACACUGCACCGGUUUUAUAUGGGGCUUUUAUAAACAAGGAUACAAAUGCAAAGUUUGUGGGGUGAACUGUCACAAAGCAUGUCAUGGACGUCUGACGGUUGAAUGCCGUAAAAGAACGAAGAGCAUUAGUCAUGAGACACCACCAUCAUUACAGUCCAGAUCCUACAGCUUUCCUCUGCCCAGUAAUGCUCAAUCAAACCUGCAGAACACAGUCAUCACAGAAGAGGAUGUUGAGGCAGCUGAACAGGGUGUAUUUGACUGUCACCUUUAAACUGAUUUUUAUCUGACUUCCCGAAUGGUCAGCAUGUCAACAAGUAUUCUUGUGUUGGGGCAAAUUUCUUCCAAUCGCACCCUCACCGCAGCAAUGUUGAAGAAAAAAGAGCUGAUCAGAAUCAGGAAAGUUAUCAAAUUUUGGGUUCGACUGUGUUCUCUAUCACAGCCUGACACACAUCAUGAGACAUAGACAUGCUGCUAUCUGCUGGACUGAAGCUGCAACUGCAGACCAGAUCAAUCACCUCUUCCCUCUGAAGUCUGAAUGUAAUCUCAAACGUAUCUCAAGCAUAUUUGUAGGAUUUAUCAUUAUGGUGUAUAUUUUUCCCAGGCUCCUGAAAUGCCUUGUAAUUUAACUUUUAUAAAUGAUACUUAAAAAAAAUAAAAUCAAAAAACAAAGAAAAUAAUAGAUGAAAAAGAGAAGGGGGAAAUUUCUGUCAUUUAUCAUGACCUUAAUGAAGAGUACUUUCCUUCAGUUACCAUGUUCUGAGUUACAGAAAUGUACAUUUUUUAAAAGUACAUUCACUGAAGUAAAGACAUCUUCUGACAUCACCAAAGCAGUUCUGGCUGAAUUUCAGUAUAAACUUAAGGUGGCAUAGAUCUAGUGUGUGUGUGUGUUUGUGCCUGAAAUAUAGUUGAUAUUAUGCAACCAGCCGUUAUGUUCUUUAAAUCUUUGAAUUUGUUCAAUUAAAAUGGGAGAUUAAUUCAUUCCCAAUUAAUUUAUCUUAACUGCAAUAGAUAGUAAUAGAUAUUACAGCUGUAAUCAGUGCAUCAAAAUCUUUGUCAUCCAUGUUGAAUGUAGGUUGUCAUUAAAAUAACAAUGAUAUAAAAAGGCAGUCAUAUAGAAUUACAUUGAAAGGCCCUCCAUUCACACCAUAAAUAUUGAGCACGAACAAUAUUUUGACCAGAAACAAUAAAUUCCUGUAGAGUUAUUUACACCAGGAAAGUGAGACAAUACCUUCAUCUGGGGAAGGAACAUGCUGGUAAAUAAGAUCAAAUCUUUGGGUCUCAUGUCCAGAGCUUUUGCCCUCUGCAUAUCUGAUCAUUAAACAUUAACUGAUAAAAAAUUUGAAUUAAUUCAAAGGGUCAAACAUAAUCACUUGUGAUCGUUUGGAUGUAACAUGGCAUGCUGAAUGGUUAAAUGGCUUUUAAUGACCCAUAAACUGUAUGAUCUCUGAUCAGCUAUGUUGAGGGCAGGAUGGCUGCACCACGCGUUUGCGUUGCCAUUGUUUGUGUAGUGAAAAGGACACCUCUUCCUUGCAUACUUCACUCUAAAGUCUAUAUAGAAAUAUAUAGCAUAUGGAAAUAAAUCUUAAUGAGGAAAUACAUCAAGGUGUUUUUUUUUUCUCUGAGCUGAUCAAAUAUAUAUAUAUUUUUUAUUUAAUUAGAUUAUGAUUACAAGUAGUUCUUGUAGUUCUAUGUUCAAAAGAUUCCUUUUAUUAAAAAUUCUGCCCCUGUUGCUGUGAGAUGCCAAAAGCAUCAUCUGUUUCACAACACUAGGUCCAUAUUUCACAUUUGAGAAUAUCCCUGUUCUCUCUCUUUUUCAAUAUAUGUUGUAGCAGUUGUUGUUAAGAUUAAAUUUCCAAAACUCUUCCAAUGAUCUGAGAAACUGUCAAUAUUAGUCUGGGAAAUAUGACUAUGUGACAUUAGGCAUGUACUGUAAUUCAUGUAUUGUAUGCAUAUUAAUGGAUAUGUUCUUUUCAAAUAUCCUAUUGUUAUGUUGAAUGUUUUGUUUUUAUAUGUACAGAAAUAUCUGAGAAUGCAUUUUACAUUUAAGUAAAUUUGUGGUGUUGCACACUGAAAUAUUGUUUGUUCUGUAAUACAAAAGAUGAUUUUUUCCUUGGUGAUAAUUGAAUGUAUUUUUCUCAUGCAACUACCUUUUAAUGUGCAGGUCUGUAGGAAUCUUUCAGUGACAAUAAAUAUUGCUAUAUCGAAAUAUCUUUGAGCGACAAAAUUA